AUGAAGACCGCCGCCGCCCUCGCCGCGACCCUGUUCGCGCUGCGAUCCUUCGCGACCGACCCUCUCACCGCCGACAAGGCCGAGGCCGACAUCAAGACCAACGAGCUUGAGCGCAACCUCUGGAACCUGAACAAGAUCGCCCGUGACAACGGCGGCAACCGUGCCUUUGGUCUGCCCGGCUACAAGGCCUCGUCCGACUACAUCCUCGAGCGUGUCCAGGGCCGCUUCCACAAGCAGCUCGACACCAAGCUGCAGUACUUCAACCACACCUUCUCCCAGACCCGUCAGCUCGAGGUCACCGGCCCCGACGGCGAGGAUGUCUACGUUGUGAGCCUCCAGUACAACCACCCGACCGCCCUGCCCGGCGGCAACACGGCGCCGCUCAUCGACACCCCCGUUGAUGAUGCCCGAGGCUCCGGCUGCUUCGCCGACCAGUGGGAGGGCAUCGACGCCACCGGCAAGCUCGCCCUCGUGAAGCGCGGCGUCUGCGCCAUCGCCGACAAGCUCAAGCUGGCCAAGGCCGCCGGCGCCGUCGGCGUCAUCCUCUACAACCAGACCCCCGGCCGCAACAUCGGCUCGGCCACGCUCAGCGCCGAGAACCUGGGCCUGCUGGUGCCCGUCGGCCUCAUCCCGCUCGAGGACGCCACCGCCUGGCGGGAGCGCCUCGCCGCCGGCGAGACCCUCGAGGUCAACCUCCUCGUCGACGCCGUCUGGGGCGAGCGCGAGACGUGGAACAUCAUCUCCGAGACCAAGGAGGGCGACCCCAACAACGUCAUCGUCCUGGGCGCCCACCUCGACAGCGUCCAGGCCGGCCCCGGCGUCAACGACGACGGCAGCGGCACCUCGGCCCUGCUCGAGAUCGCCGGCUCCUUCAAGAAGUACACGGGCUUCAAGAACAAGGUCCGCUUCAUCUGGUGGGGCGCCGAGGAGAGCGGCCUCGUCGGCUCCCUCUACUACACCGCCCAGUUGUCCGAGGCCGAGGCCGACGCCAUCCGCUUCUACUGGAACUACGACAUGAUCGGCUCCAUCAACCCGGUCUACAACGUCUACCUCGGCGACAACCCGGGCGACAAGUUCGGCGCCCAGCCCAUCCACGACUACAUCGCCGCCCAGGGCAAGCCCGCCGCCUUCGGCGGCUUCGGCUCCAGCUCCGACUACGUCGGCUUCCUCCAGCUCGGCAUCCCCUCCUCCGGCAUCUUCACCGGCGCCGGCGCCCCGACCGACCCCUGCUACCACCUCGCCUGCGACAACCUCGACAACAUCAACUGGGACGCCAUCACCAUCAACACCAAGGCCGCCGCCCGCGUCGCCGCCGACUUCGCCAACGAGCUGCCCGCCGGCCUGCCCCGCCGCGCCAACACCACCCCCGCCCGCCGCAGCCGCGACGCCAUCCGCCGCGAGUUCCAGAAGUGGGCGCUCGCCUCCGAGCAGGCCUCCGUCGCCAAGAGCUGCUCCCACGGCGAGCACAACAUCUACUAG